AUGCCUUCGCCCGGCGUAUCCGACCGGGAUCUCUCGCAUUCGGUCUUUCCAACUGGCGACUCACUUUCUCCCGGCUCUCAUAAUGGACAGCCGCCAACUUCGCUAGACGACACAAGGCCUGAGCCUUCCAGCGCAUCGCAAGACAAGGACGCCAAUGGUUCAGAGAUAGAUUCGAUCUCUGAAUCAAAGCAAAAUGCCAAAGCUCUACUUGCUGCAUCCGGCCUAUCGUCCGCUCAAAAUCACAAUGCCGAUGACCAUCCGUCUCCGGCAAAUGGCACCAACGGUAUUAAUGCCAGUCGCAAAAGAUCCCGAUCAGGCUCCGUCAUCGCCACUGUUGCUACAGAACAUCUUCCGGUACGCGUGCGAGAAACACCAGCUGACAAAAUACUCAUAGAGCAAUAUGUCUAUCGCGAGUUUCAGCACAAUGCCCUGGCAGCUACCCGCCACUCCAGCCAAGAUAUUCUUCAGCAAAAACGCGUCGAGCGAGACCAUCUGUUAGCCCUACGUCGAGAGGCCCAAAUGAACCCCGCCGCCCUAUACGGUACUGGCUACGAAGGCUUUGGCAAUGCGCGAACAGACCUAAAGAAUCAACACCCUCAAUUACUCUACCCGUCUAAUCGGCGCCGACCAGGAGGGAGAAAGGCCAGAGAACUGCGUGUAUCGAGGAAGGACCUCAAAGCGCAAGGCGAAUUAAAAGAAGAUUUGGUUCCAAUUCGUCUGGACUGUGAUUGGGAGAAGGUUAAGAUCCGUGACACUUUUACAUGGAAUCUUCAUGAUAGAGUGACUUCUCCCGAGCUAUUUGCGGAGAAACUGGUUGAAGAUCUGGGCCUUGCACUUGAAACAUCUGCGCCUUUGAUCCGACAAAUUACGCAAAGUAUUCAGGAACAAUUAGGUGACUACUUCCCACACGUUUUCAUGGAAGAAGAGGCCCUUGACCCUCAUCUGCCAUACGAUGCAUAUAAAAAUGAUGAAAUGCGAAUUUUGGUAAAACUGAAUAUCACGAUUGGUCAACACACCUUAGUUGAUCAAUUUGAAUGGGAAAUCAACAACCCUUACAAUUCCCCCGAGGACUUUGCUUUGCAAAUGACUAAUGAUCUAUCCCUGUCCGGUGAAUUCACCACUGCCAUUGCCCAUUCGAUUCGAGAACAAGUUCAGCUUUUCACCCGGUCCCUAUACAUCACGGCACACCCAUUUGAUGGACGCCCCGUUGAUGAUCCAGACCUUAAAACCGCUUUUUUACCUUCUCCAAUUACCUCCACAUUUCGACCAUUUCAAGCUGCGAAAGAAUACACCCCAUACCUCUACGAGCUCAAUGAGGCAGAACUUGAGCGAACCGAAGUCUCAAUAUCCCGAGAGCAAAGGCGACAGAAGCGAUCUGUCAAUCGUCGUGGUGGCCCAGCUCUUCCAGACCUGAAAGAUCGCCAACGUACCAUUCGCACAAUGGUUGUGUCCUCUGUCAUACCGAACAGUGCUUCUUCACUUGACGAAACACAUCUGUUCAAACGAUCGGGGACUGGUCGGACGAGACGCUCAGGUGCAGGACAACGAGAUGGGAUCGACGAUUCUGAUCUGUCAGAUAGUGAUGAAUCUUCCGUUGGUUCACCAGCAAUCGGGGUUCACCUGGCCCAAGGCACUGCCCGUACAAGAGGAAUGAGAGGGGCGGCAUCCGCCGCCCAAGCGGCUCUAAGAGCCAAUUUCACCCACUCGGCCACUCCAGAGCCAUCUCACCAUGAGACCAGAGUUCCACGGCGACGAGACUACAGAGAGGAAAGUUCGGAGGAGCCAGAGAAACUUAUCGUCAGACUCAAGAUUUCCAAAGAAAGGUUUAAAUUCUUUUUGCAAGAUCAAAGGAAUCGAAAACAGCCUUCGACGCCUAAUCUCCCAGGGCAUACAAUGUCUAAAAGCAAUACUCCCCAUUUACAGACCCCUAUCCAGAGCGUAAUGCCGCCUCCAAGUGCACAACACCAAAACGCCACUCCAAUACGAUCCAGCAACGCAAGCAGUGCGGCACAUUCUCACGCUCCAGCACCACAGAUUGGAGCUAUUGAUGCUCCGCCACCUACCCAAACUGGACCUCCACCGCCUGCUCCAGCUUGGCUUGCCUCUGGGUUAGAAAGGCUCAAACGAAAUUACCCUAACGACCAAUUUGAGGGUGUAAUGCGAUACUCUGCAAUCGACACGACAACGAUGACGCCAGUACCGAAUCCCAGUACAACGCAACCUGAUCCAAGAAUAAAGUACCAGUAUUUACCUCGAAUACGUUGUCUCGACUGUCCCGGGAAGCUGUAUACACCCGGGCCUAGUAUGACAGUCGAUAACUUUGAAGUCCACCUAAGAAACCGACAACACAAAGAGCGCGUGGAAGAAAGAUUAGCACGAACCGGGGGAUCAUCCGCACCGUCAUAA